CCGGCCGUCUGGUCGGUCAGGCAGACAACACUUCUUGGAAAGCGUGCCUUCAACAUACCGUCUAUACCGACCAAUUGGCACAUCAGUAUACCCAUCAACUAGCAUUAAGCCAGAAGCUUCAAGCACAAGACAUCCAAGCAGUACCGACAACCUCCAAGCCCAGUCGAAGCCCAUCUCCCAAACCCUCGCCACCCAGCAUCGCGGAGUCCCCAUCCCAAACCACAGAACGAAAGCGACAUCGAACCAUGGGUCUAGAACGCUACAUAACCCGCCGCAACACAGCGUUCAUAUCCCUCACGGCAGUAGCAGCCUCAUAUUUCGCCGUCCGAUACCGCAAAGAUCAGAACUUGAAAAGGAACAAAGAUACGUUCCAUGUGAGAACGGAGAGAUCAGGUGGUGGUGUAUAAUUCAGCUCCAGGAGGAAGCAUGAGAGUUCCAUGGCUCUGUGUGAUGGGAGACGAAGUCGUGGCUAGAGCGGAAUCUCAUCGCACGAUGAACAUAUUUGGACGACGAUGACUUCAUUGGAAAGCAUUCGGAAGGAAAUGAAAUGGUGUACAGUAUCACAUCAAGGUAUCAGCACAACAAGUAAUCUUCAUGC